GGAGAUUCCGGCCGGACACAUGGCCCGAGCCGCGACAACCGGGCACGGACCAUGCCAUGCCAUGCCAUGGUGUGGUGCCAAAUCCGAAUCCCCGUUGCACGCACUCUGCUCUGCUCUCAUAAAUAAACAACCCACAAGCCCGCACCGCAACCACAAGCAAGCAGAGGUUUUCCGGUUGCACGUUGCAAAGCAGCAGCGGCAGCCAGAGGACAGCGGCGCUCGCGAAGCAAAGCAGCUGCUUACCCCACCCACGAGCACAGGAUGAGGAUGCGUGCGCGGGCGGCAUUGCCAUCGGCGUCGGCGUCGGUGCUGCUGCUCCUCCUGCUCCUGGUGGGCGGCUCCGCCGGCGCCGUGUACAAGGUGGGCGACCUGGACGCCUGGGGCGUGCCGCCGCCGUCCAAGCCCGACGUCUACAAGCGCUGGGCCAAGUCCAUCCACUUCGCGCUCGGCGACUCCAUCUGGUUCCUGUACCCGCCGAGCCAGGACUCGGUGCUGCAGGUGACGCCGGAGGCCUUCGCGUCCUGCGACCUGUCGCGCCCCGUGGCCAGGCUCGCCGACGGCAACUCCUUCUUCAACCUCACCACGCCGGGCCGCGCCUACUACGCCAGCGGCGCGCCGGGUCACUGCCGCAAGGGCCAGAAGCUCUGGGUCGACGUCCCCAUGGCCAACGGCACCUACCUCCAGCCCUCCGCCACCGACCUCGCCGCGCUCGCGCCCACACCCGCCGCCGACCCGCCCGCCGGGUUCGCAUCCGCGUCCGCGCCAGAGGGCGCCAGCGCCUCGCCCGCGCCCCGCGCCGCCGUCGCCGCCGCUGGAUCCGUCGUCGCCCUCCUCUGCUUCGCCCUCCAAAUCCUCCUCCACUGAUGAUGACAUUUGAUGUGUAGCUAGCUGAUUAGCUACCUCGUUGUAGUUUUGGGAUCUCCACUUUUUGCGGAAUGAGAGUUAGUCCAGUUUUUUCUUGGGUUGAAUUGAAUUUUUCGCCGAAUGAAUGAGAAGUGAGUGCAGUUAUUUCUUCGGUUGAAUUGAUCGGAGGCAAAAAAAAAAAAAUCUGGUUUGUUUCUACUGUAGUAUCUACAUCUUGUUCCAUUAAUUUAAUUAAUUCCAUUGUAAAAUAUAAUCAAUUGAUGACACGGAUCAUUUUA